GUCCUUCGAGAUGGGAAGUGGAUUGAAGAAGACUCGUCCAUUCUUGUACCUGGUGAUAUAAUCAGCAUUAAGUUAGGGGACAUUAUUCCUGCAGAUGCUCGUCUCCUUGAGGGUGAUCCAUUGAAAAUUGACCAGUCUGCCCUUACUGGUGAGUCCCUUCCAGUUACAAAGGGUCCCGGUGGUAGUGUUUAUUCAGGUUCAACAUGCAAACAAGGAGAGAUUGAAGCAGUAGUUAUUGCCACUGGUGUUCAUACCUUCUUUGGCAAGGCAGCUCACCUCGUGGACUCCACCAACCAACAAGGUCACUUUCAAAAGGUCUUGACUGCUAUUGGGAAUUUCUGCAUUUGUUCCAUUGCCGUGGGGAUGAUCAUAGAGGUUAUUGUCAUGUACCCAAUUCAACACCGGCCAUACCGCCCCGGGAUUGACAAUCUGUUGGUUCUUCUCAUUGGAGGAAUCCCCAUUGCUAUGCCCACAGUUUUGUCUGUGACAAUGGCGAUCGGUUCCCAUCGCUUGUCUCAGCAGGGAGCUAUCACUAAAAGAAUGACGGCCAUAGAAGAAAUGGCUGGAAUGGAUGUUCUUUGCAGUGACAAAACUGGAACUCUAACAUUGAACAAACUUUCAGUUGAUAAAAAUCUUAUAGAGGUCUUUGCGAAAAGAGUAGAUGUGGAUACCGUCGUUCUGAUGGCAGCUCGAGCCUCCCGUUUGGAGAAUCAAGAUGCAAUAGAUGCUGCCAUUGUGGGAAUGUUGGCUGAUCCAAAGGAGGCGCGAGCCGGUAUCCAAGAGGUGCAUUUCCUUCCAUUCAACCCGACCGAUAAGCGAACAGCUUUGACAUACAUUCACAGUGAAGGGAAAAUGCACCGUGUAAGCAAAGGUGCACCUGAGCAGAUUUUGAAUCUUGCAAGCAAUAAAGCCGAGAUAGAACGUAGAGUUCAUGCUAUAAUUGACAAGUUUGCAGAGCGAGGAUUACGAUCCCUUGCAGUAGCUUACCAGGAAGUUCCAGAAGGUAGGAAGGAGAGCCCAGGAGGGCCUUGGCUAUUUGUUGGCGUCAUGCCUCUAUUUGAUCCACCUAGACAUGAUAGCGCAGAGACAAUUCGAAGGGCGUUAAAUCUCGGAGUAAGUGUUAAAAUGAUCACAGGUGAUCAACUAGCAAUAGCGAAGGAGACAGGACGCCGCCUGGGAAUGGGAACCAACAUGUAUCCUUCCUCCGCUUUAUUAGGACAACAGAAGGAUGAGUCCAUCGCUACUUUGCCAGUUGAUGAGCUGAUCGAAAAGGCUGAUGGAUUUGCAGGAGUUUUUCCUGAGCACAAAUACGAAAUUGUGAAACGACUGCAAGCCAGAAAGCAUAUAUGUGGAAUGACUGGUGAUGGGGUGAAUGAUGCUCCUGCUCUUAAAAAGGCUGAUAUCGGAAUAGCUGUUGCUGAUGCAACUGAUGCAGCUCGUAGUGCUUCUGAUAUUGUCUUGACAGAACCUGGCUUGAGUGUUAUCAUAAGUGCCGUACUAACAAGCCGUGCAAUAUUCCAGAGAAUGAAAAAUUACACAAUUUACGCUGUUUCUAUUACAAUUCGUAUUGUGGUAAGUUAUCUG